UCUUGGCAAAUUAUUCACAAACACUAUCAACAGCCUGACAAGACAGUUUAUUUAAGAACCAUCUGUAGUUUUACUGUUUAUAUGCUGAUGCUUGAUCACUUGGUCAGAAAUUUCACAACAAUGAAAUUCACCAUAGCAGCCUUUUUUUUUCUCACAUGCAUGACACUGCUGUUCACGACUGAAGUCAUCGCAGCCAGACUACAGCUACGCUGCCAGUGUGCUAAGAUGUAUUCGGGAAAACCAAUUAACCCUAAACUAAUACAGCAAGUAAAAAUGAUCCCUGCUGGAGCACAGUGCAAAAACGAUGAGAUCAUUGCCACUCUGAAGAAUGGACAGACAUGCCUCAAUCCCGAAGAUGAAUGGGUGAAAAAGUUCAUUGAAGAAUAAUUUCCCAUCUGUGUUUGCAUGCAGAAGUUUAUGGUUUUUCUUACUGUAUGUUUCAGCACAUAAUUUCUACUGCAUAUUCCUGCAGACCUGUGAAAUGCUUCCAUUAAAUGCAAAUGCAAAUGUCCUCAUUGCAAAACUUUUUGGAUGCAGGUGACUUGCUCACCAGAGAAACAUGUUCUGACGAAACAAAUGUAAAAUUUGCAUGGCAGAAAAUGUCUUGUCCUUUUGGCUGAAAGUAACAUUUCUGACUAAUAAUUUUUUUGUAAUGUAGGAAAAAAAUAUAUUUAGAAAAAUUGUUACCUUUUCCUUUUCCACUUCAAUAAAUAUGAUAAAACCUGUUUUAUACAUUAUUAUAUUCAAAAUACUUUAAAUGACUUUAUUUUAGAUUUGAACAUGCUACAUGACUGAUUUGUUUUAUUUUUUUGCUAUAAUAAAUCUCUGAAAAUU